CCUCAUCCUACCUCCAUCCCACCCCCCCUCGAGCAAUCCCAUCGAUCUGCCAACAUGCCCAUCGGAGUUGCCUUGAUCGGCGCCGGCCUCUUCGCGCGACUCGUCCAUCUGCCUGCAAUUGACGCCGCACCCGACCUCGAGCUUCGCGCCGUCUACUCGCGAUCGCUGAAAUCCGCUCAAAGUGUGGCCCCAGACCGCGACCUGGCUCGAUAUGCCGACGAUGCAGACCAAGACCUAGCGGCGAUGCUGGGCCGAUCUGAUGUCACCGCCGUCAUCAUAGCUGUCCCAAUCGUUCAGACUGCGAAGUUCGUGCGCAUUGCCUUAAACGCCGGCAAACAUGUCCUCUCCGAGAAACCCAUCGCCAAGGACAUCGCCGAAGCGACAACCCUACUACAGUGGUACCGGUCGUCGGGAGUCUCGCAGCGAGCCAACUGGUCCGUGGCCGAGAACUGGCGGUACUGGAAGAGUCUGAAUUACGCGCGCGACCAGUUGGCUGCACUGGGUCGGAUUCACCAGCUGCGCGUGCAAGUCAACCUAGACUGUCGGCCGGGAUUCUACAUGUGGAGCUUCUUCGAGGGCUCCGCAUGGCGGAGACACCCCGAGCAUCAGGGCGGCACGCUGCUGGACUCCGGGGUCCACUACGCAGCGAGCCUGCGCCACUUGCUUCGCUCUGACCGGGUGACACGCAUUGCGGCCUUUGCAAAUGCCGCGCAGGAUACGCUCCCUCCGCUCGACACGCUGGAUGCCAUCUUUCAGACCGAGGCGGGCACCCAGGGGGUGUUCCAGCUGUCGUUCACGUCAAACCUCCACGGCACGGGGUGGGAGAUGGUCGGCGAUAACGGCAGCAUCAGCGUCAUGGAUUGGAACGGCACUGUCGAUAAUACGACUGUAACCACCCGUUUCAGGGACCGUGAACCCGAGGUACGUCAGAUCCCCAUCGAGGGGCUGGGCGUGCCGGACGAGGUCCUGGCUUGGGGAAAGGCGCUGGCCACGGGGAAGUGGAAUGAUCGACAGCGACCGGAGGAGGCGCUGGCCGACCUAGAGCUGAUGGAAUUGAUGUUCCAGAGCAGUGCAGAGCAGGGAAUGCCAAAGGUGCCGGUUCAUCAGGUGGUAGAUCGCUCGCAGUGAGAUCGAUCUCGAUUGGAUGGAUGAAAUUAGGAAUCCUUUAUCUGUAUCCUCUUCUGCUCCAGACAAAAAUCUUAAUAGUAUUAUCUACUCG